GUGUUCUGGGAGACGGACGGGCUCCGCCCCCUACUGGCGGGAGCAGGAGCUUCACUUCCGGCGGGGAGCCCGAGCGGCGGGAGCGGCGCCAUGGGUCACACCGACAUCAUGGGAGCGGCGGAGGACAUCGCCGACCAGUUUCUGCGGAUGACCAAACAGUAUCUGCCGCAUCUUGCCAGAUUGUGUCUAAUAAGUACUUUCCUGGAGGAUGGAAUUCGCAUGUGGUUUCAGUGGAAUGAACAGCGGGAUUACAUCGAGGUCACCUGGAAUUGUGGCUACUUCCUGGCUACCUGUUUUGUGCUGAUUAAUCUAUUUGGGCAACUAGGGGGAUGCAUCCUGAUAUUAAGUAGAAAUUUUGUACAAUAUGCCUGCUUUGGACUGUUUGGGAUUAUAGCACUACAGACUAUUGCCUACAGCAUUUUAUGGGAUCUGAAGUUCCUGAUGAGGAACCUUGCACUUGGGGGUGGCUUGCUGCUAUUGCUCGCUGAGUCGCGGUCAGAAGGUAAAAGCAUGUUUGCCGGUGUUCCAACAAUCAAGGAGAGUUCACCAAAGCAGUACAUGCAGCUUGGUGGCCGGGUGCUGCUCAUCCUGAUGUUCAUGACCCUGCUGCACUUCAACUCAAGUUUCUUCUCGAUUAUCCAGAAUGUGGUGGGAACAGGAUUGAUUGUCCUGGUGGCGAUUGGCUUCAAAACCAAACUGGCGGCUCUAACCCUGGUCAUCUGGCUUUUCAGCCUCAACCUCUACUUCAAUGCGUUCUGGACUGUCCCCACCUACAAGCCCAUGCAUGACUUCCUCAAGUAUGACUUCUUCCAGAGCAUGUCUGUGAUUGGGGGGCUCCUCCUUGUGGUCGCCCUGGGCCCUGGUGGUGUGUCUAUGGAUGAAAAGAAGAAAGAGUGGUGAUUGGUGUAAUGCCUUCAAAACCACAGCCCUUUCCCCUCCCUUCUUUCCCCUGCUCUCUUCCCUUGCCCACCCCUCUCUUCCUUCUCUCCUCUCCCCAAUUUCCCCAGUGAAUGCCAUUUUGUACCGUUUGUGUGAUUUUACCCAGAUUUUCAGUGCAUUUGCAUAUUCAGGGUAUAUAUUGCUCCACCUACUCAUUUUGGUAACAUCACAAAACAGAGCCUUAAUUUUUGAUUUCACCUGUUUAAAAAUAAAAAUCCCACAACAAAAAACAUUUAUAGUUCACACUUUAAAAAUUGUGUGACUGUGUAAUAAAGAGUGAGGCCCCCCCCACCCCUUUUUUAAAACAAAAUGUUGAAGUAAAGCCACAGUUUUAGCUCCAGCCACUAUGUAGAGUGAGCUCCCUUUUAUAUAUUUGCAUCGUGAGAAGAACUAAGAGAAGGCAUUAAAAUAGUUUUCUGUUCUCUUAUUCUCUUGGGUUACAAUCUGUGGCUUUCAAAUUGACAAAAGUCUUAAUUACUGCAGAUUACAUUUCAGUAUAAUGGUUAAGUUCUCAAAGAGUUGCAACAACAGCUCUUAAUCUAAAAGAACACUAAAUGUACCAUGGUUGUGUACCCUGUUAUUUAAACUCUUAUCUCCCAGCCCAACAGCUUUUGUAUGCAAGGUAAUAUUUAGGAUUGGGAGAUCUGGUUAAAAGUUAAUGCAUCCAUAUGGAUUGAGAUUUUUUUUUAAGUACUCUUUACAUUUACACUACCAACCAAAUCUCUUUAUACCACCCCCCCCCCCCCCUUCCCUCCCCACCCUCUCAUUCCCCAGAGCAGAGGUAGGUGGAGACUAUGAGUCAAGCUUUUACAAAUUGUGGGUCACCAAACCCAACCUCUUGCGAAAGGAUCGAAAGUGAGCGAUGCAGGCUACCCUACGACCGUGUAGAGAGCAGGCCAGGCAGUUCAGGAAGGUUGACAGUUCUGUAUAUCUGGCCGAUGUCGAGAUAAAUAAUGGGAGCUGAGGAGAAUUAGAGGGUCCUAGUGCCAGGAGCUAUGGAGGAGAAAUAUAAAGCAGGAUUCAUGUCACCAUCCGGUGGUCUGUGCCAAAAAGUUUAUGUGCAUGUUCGGCUUGGUUCUAUUGUAGUACUUACGUUAACAUGUGCACCAAUUAUGAUACUUCAGUCCAUUCUCAUCGCUGAAAAUCCUGCUGUCACUCUCUGUAGCCACGCGUGGAAAACGGCUCCCUUGUUUGAGCUUCCAAGUGAUGAUCAGUGCCCACAAAACCCACAUUCUAACAAGAGACCACUCCCUUCAGAAGAAGGAUAAUGUCAAGUUUCACUGGCCACCAUCAAAAACAAGUUUGAAUUUGCAAUGAGGAAACAUGCCAGUGACUGAGCUGCUGAAUUGUUAAAUGAAGUCUGAUCAUGUUAACAAUGGGUAUAUUAUUGCCCACACUGUCAAUCAACUGUUUGUGUCUCAGAUGAAUAUGUGGGCCCUACACACUUAUUUCCAAAGGACAAGUCUUGGUCUCUCAGUCCAAGAUGUUACUUUUUAACUUGUUUCACCACAUGCCUCAACUUUCCUUUAGCUUAUGUUGGUUACCUGUGAAUGGUUUGCAGAGGAGCAGCAAGAGAAUCCUGAUGGUUUGCAGAGGAGCAGCAAGAGAAUCCGGUUGACAGGUGGCCCCUGUAAAAGUCUGUUUCUAUUUUAAAAGGACCUCAAAAUACUAUUCUGCAGUUGCCCUAAGCUGUUCCUGGCUGCUGAUCACCAUGAUUCCUGCAGGAAGGUGAUUAUGGAGUAUAGUAUGGGAGUGGGAUCAGGGUCGGGCUUAGAUACAAUUCCUACUGCAUUCAAAUAGCCAACUGGUACACAUUGUUCAUGCUCACACCAACCUGAUAGCCAGCAGCUUUGGGACUGGAAAUCCUUGGCAGAAGUCAGCUUCAGGGGGUGGGAGAGGAGAAAGAAAUUAUUUAUAUAAUACAGCAAUAAAGAUGGACUCUAGCUCUUAAGACACUGUGGAGUAAAUCGUCAGUAUUAGUCAAUGUGCCUGACUGGGUGGGGGAAGAGGAGGAGAAACUGCAUUCAGCUGGAAAAUUGUUCACGCAGGUCUGUGUUUUGUGUUUUUUUUACACACAUCAAGUAUAAGUUCCUGGGCGUGCUGACAUGAGCUCUGCUCUGUCGUACUCUCAGCUCCUGCCCCAAGGGCAAAAGCUGCAAAAGGUCAGGAACCUUUGUUACCUUCAGAAAUUGUCGUGUUGAGUUUUAGUUGUUGAAAUAAAAGCUUUGAUUCCCUUCCCCACCCUUCCA